UCUUAACUCUGGUUUUGAUAGUCCUGAUUAUAACGUGUACGCGGAAGAUUUAACAAACAUUCUUAAAGGUUUUCUUCAACAAUAGAAAUUAGCUUAAGACAAAGGGUUUAACGACAUGUCUGUCGAACGUGUUUUAUUUUGAAAGGUCAAACAGGAAUCGGCAUGUUGACGCUAAUUGACUUUACGCACUUUAAAAGUUAAGUAUGGGGACGUGGUAGGUAACCAGCGAGUUUCCUAUGUAUUAUUUAGCUGUACACGUCAGAUCGUAGCCGUUCGGCAGACUAUCCGGACGCCGAGUAUGGGUCCUCGCAAGCCGGACCACGGGGCGAAGAGGACCGGAGGCGCGCGGGGCGGCUCGGUUAUGCACUUCAGGUCAACGGUGAACUCGGGCUCCGUCCGCCGCAGCGCCGCCGUGCUGCCGUCGGUGCUCACGUUCCUGGUGAUCGUGGCGUCCGGAGGCCUGCUGCUCAUGAUCGAGAAAGGAAUGCUGAACAGCAUGGACACGCCUCCGCCCCGCGGCAGCGGCCGGCGGCCGGACCUCGUCCGACAGGCGGGGAGACGCAGCGCGGCCGCGGCGGACGUGGACUCCCAGAUCCUGCAGGAGAUCCGUAACCGCACCAUCAGGACCAUGUGCAGCCAGAAGAACAUGCCCCACAGCGUUUGGUCCCUCAGCCCCCUGCAGAGGAAGACGCUGCUGCAGCACAUCCUGGUCAACGACGAGCACCGCUUCCUCUACUGCUACGUGCCCAAGGUGGCCUGCUCCAACUGGAAGAGGGUGCUGAAGGUGCUGAACGGGGCGCUGGAGAGCGUUGACGUCAACGUCAAGAUGGACCACCGCAGCGACCUGCUCUUCUUGUCCUCCCUGAAACCCGAGGAGAUCCGCUACCGCCUCAAGCACUACUUCAAGUUCAUGUUUGUGCGCGAGCCCAUGGAGCGCCUGCUGUCUGCCUACAGGAACAAGUUUGGAGAGAUCGACUCUUACAAGAAAAAGUACGGAGUGGAAAUCGUAAAGCGGUACAGGAAGGGUCGCGCAAAUGACCCGUCUGUGAAAGGAGACGACGUGACCUUCGCAGAGUUCAUCCGUUACCUGCUGGACGAGGAUGUGGAGCGGAUGAAUGAGCACUGGAUGCCGGUGUACAACUUGUGCCAACCCUGCGCUGUGUCUUACAACUUCAUCGGCUCCUAUGAGCGCCUGGAAAGCGAUGCAGAGUUUGUGCUCCAGCGCAUCGGAGCCCCCGCCUACGUUCACUUCCCAGAGAGGCAAACGUGGUACAAGCCGGUCACCACGGAGACGCUGCACUAUUAUCUCUGCAGCUUGCCGCAGAAGCUACUGAGGGAACUGCUGCCAAAGUACAUCCUAGACUUUUCCCUCUUCACUUAUCCCCUCCCCAACACAACCACUGAACACUGCCGGCAUUAGCCCUGCACUGUCUUAUAGUUGGGAGAUUAUUAUUUUUUAUAAAGAAUCAUAAAUGUUAUUUUUAAUGCCUAGGGAACAGUGACAGCUGUCACACAUUUUUUUUACUUGAGAUGUCCUCAUGUCAUUACAAAACGCUGAUUAUUGGAAGAGAUAAAAGACUUCACUUCAGAACCACUAAAGCUUGAAAUCAGCGGCAGACAAAGAAAAACAAAGGUCAUUGAAAUAUAUGUUACAUGCACUGUUACGUCAGUUCACGAUACGUCGAUGCAAAUGUAAAUAUGGUUGAAGAACCAAACUUUGUGAGCAAAUUUUGUAGUUUCUUGGUCCAGACAUUUGAGAGGGUGAAGGGUUAAUAUCGUCAGUUGGCAUUCAGUGGUUUAGCAGGCUAAAACACACACGGGCAAACACCAUGUACUCAGAGGGUGGUGGGGUUUAUAUCAAGCUUGUUUUACUGUAUGUCACAGACACAGAUGUACUUUCCCAUCUUUUCUAUUUGCUUUAAACUAUUUUUUACCAUCUCAAAAAAACAUGUUUCCGCAGUUUGUGAAAUUUUUGUAUCACUUUAUUUUGUGAAUAAUUAAAUAAUUUAGACAUGAUUAAAAAAAACAUGAAUAUUAAACUUAAUACACAACCACAGGGCUGGGGGACCACUUCUCUUGCUACAUCUGUAAGGUUGUAACAAUUUUACACCUUAUUCCUGAGGCACUCACUCAAAUGCAAAGGUCAAUCCCCAUCUUGUUAGUGGCUGUAUAAGAUACUAACGAAGAGGAGGCUUUGUUUCAGUUGUUUAACAAUUUGUUCAAAUGUUUGUGCCGUCUUAAGCUUUAGAAAGACUCAGACAUAUUUAGAUCCUGGGUGCUUAAGGCUAGACUCUGAAUUAAAUUGGCAUUGAGGUUUGCUACUGGCUAAUUAAUUAAUACUCCGGUUUAUGAAGACAAUUCAUGUCCUGACUCAAGACUUUCAAGCACAGACCUCUGGUGGUUUCUGACUCACGUAUCGAUGCCUUCACUGUGUGUGUGUGUGUGUGUGUGUGUGUGUGUGUGUGUGUGUGUGUGUGUGUGUGUGUGUGUGUGUGUGUGUGUGUGUGUGUGUGUGUGUGUGUGUGUGUGUGUGUGUGUGUGUAGGCAUUAAUCCUUGAAGCUCACACUCCUGAAAAGAAAAAAAAAAGACAUUUCAGUGGAAUAAGAAGCAUUUGUUUAAAAAUAAAAAUAGUUAUGGUCAUUAUAUUUGGCUUUUAUUGGUUUUAAUGCAUCAAAGGACCAGAUUUUAUUCCCCCACAUAUCCAAAAGGAAGUAAAAGUAUAUAUUAUAUACAUAAACUAAAUCAAAAACAAUGAGCCCUAAAUAUCGUCUCAUCACUUUCAUGUCCAAAGCCUUACUUGUCUGCCGACUUGUCUGCUGACUUGUCCGUUGAGCGGUCCAGACUCCGGAGGAUGGAGCGUUCAGGGGAGAUGUGAUGAGAGCCGCUGGAGGCGCUGAGGGAUGAAGAGCUGUGGAGGGACGAGAGCGACAAACCCUGUCUGCGCAUCUCCUGAACGGCCCUUUCACUGGGGACAGAGAGAGACGGUCCGACAAGGUCAUAAUGUACUGAAGCUCCACUGUGCUGUUUCAUCUUUGUUUCUACAGGCAAUAAAGUUUUUCACGUACUUUUCUACAGA